AUGAUUAAAAGAGAAAAUGGAACCUCAUUGACCGAGAACGUAAAAAUAGUAGAUGAGUUUGAAAAAAUAUUUAAAGUUCUAUUAAAACAAUCUUGUGGAAGUACAAUCAUAGAAGAACGUAUCCCAGUAGAGCAAAACAUAGAACCACCACCCGCCAAUCCAUUUAAUUGGCUACACUAA